GAUUUACAAGUCGGUAAAAUCAGAGUAUGCCGGUCAGACGGACAGUCGACCUCAUUUGUUUGCUUUUAAAAAUAUCUACUAAAUUUCGUUAUUCACGGAAAAAAGCCAAAUUUAUCGUUAUUGAGAAUUAAAUCAGACUCGACAGGACAAUUUUAAUUUACAAAAGAAAUGGGCACCGUUCAUGCAAAGGAACCCACAAAAGAACAGAGUUUUAAUUCAGAUAUAAAGAGGAAAAAUUCAGCUAGUGAAGACAUGUAUUAUAAGAAAUCAAACUUUUCUCAAGAACCGACAAGUAAUGAAUUGAAUUUAUCUGAUGUUAAGGUUCGUGUUGAUAAAGUGCACGUGGAUGGACUUGUGAGGACGAAAGAUGACAUUGUUAAAUUACAAGUGAAAGAUCUUUUUAAAGCAAAAAAUUUUGAUGAUGUUAUUCUUCACACGUACAGUGUUCGAAAACGACUGGAAAAUUUGGGAUGUUUUAAAAAUAUCGACACGUUCAUUGACACAAGUAAAGGACCAGAUGCAACGCCCGAUGGAAUAGAAGUCACAUUCACAAUCAAAGAACUGGGAAGAAUUAGAGGUUCGGUGAACACAUCAGUUGGAAAUAAUGAAGGUUCGGUGACAAUUACCACCGAGACACCAAACAUGUUCGGAAGAGGCGAACGCAUAAAUGCUCAAUAUUCCUACGGAACAAAAUCGAAUCAAAUUAAUAUUUCCGCAAUUAAACCAUUUUUCGACAGUAGACACCAAAAAGUUUUGACAACAAGUAUAUUUAGAACUUCGAGUGAUUUCCCAUGGUCUGGAUAUAAAUUAAGUAAUAUGGGAUUUUUGGUGAACCUUGCAUUGAGUCAGGGUAAACGCGACAAUAUAACACACAAUUUUCAAUACGAAGCUGACGUUCGAAAUGUCACGGCAUCAAAGCAAGCUGCCUUUCAAGUUCGCGAACAAUGUGGUCCAACAUUAAAAUCAUCAGUGAGACAUAUUUUUGCCAUUGAUAAACGAGACGCAACUCUAUUUCCAACAAAAGGUUCACUUAUUGAAUUGACAACUGAAUUUGCCGGCCUCGGAGGUAACAUAGGAUUUGUUAAGAAUGAAUUAAAUCUACAAACCAAUUGGACCCUCUUCAAGUACUUUACAUUCCAAUUGGGCGUUCAAUCUGGAUUUUUGCGGGGAAUUAGUAAUGAUCUUCAAAUAAAUAUAGUGGAUCAAUUUUUCCUCGGAGGACCCUUGAGUCUUCGGGGUUUCGAAAUGAGAGGUUGUGGACCACAGAAAAGUGGUAAUGCUGUCGGUGGAGAUAUCUACUGGGCGUCGGCAUUACAUUUGUAUACACCACUUCCGUUUCGACCAAGUUUCGCCGAAUUUAUCAAACUCCACGGCUUUGUUAACGGAGGCAAUUUAGACACACUAUCACGUAUUAAAACUGGCAGCGAUUAUGACGAGUACCUGAAAAUAUUUACGCAAAAUGUCCGCUGUUCAAUGGGUUGUGGUAUCGCAAUGGUUUUAGGGAACAUUGCAAGGAUAGAAUUAAAUGUAAUUAUGCCUCUUCUAUUUUCCAGGAGUGAUAUCUUGACACAAUUUCAAUUUGGAAUAGGUGUCAAGUAUUUAUAAAUACAAUGAAAAUAGUAUUUGUUCUUUUUUCAUGCAUAGUCCCUUAUUAUUAUUAUUGUCCUUUUCUACUAGUUUUCCCAAUUAAUAAAGUCUAGUCUUGUAUA